ACGGAGGUGUGUACAUACAACAGACUUCGGCAACACGAGGAACAUGUCAGCCGGCAAGCUAAAGGGUCUUGUGACUGUAGUGACAGGGGCUGCAUCAGGACUGGGAAAGGCCACAGCCACCAGAUUUGCGAAACAAGGAGCCAGAGUUGUCCUUGUUGACUUGCCAAAUUCAGAUGGAAGACAAGUUGCUGAAUCUUUGGGUGAAAACUGUGUUUUCAAAGCAGCAGAUGUAACUAAGGAGGAAGAUGUAGCGGGUGUGAUGACUUGUGCAGAGUCCAAAUUUGGAAGGUUAGAUGUGGCUGUCAACUGUGCUGGGAUCGGAAUAGCAGUGAAAACAUUUAGCAGAAAGCAUGGACUGCAUUCAUUGGACCAAUUCUCUAGGGUCAUUCAGGUGAAUACAGUGGGAUCGUUCAAUGUGAUGCGAAUGAGUGCAGAGCUGAUGGCGAAGCGUCAAUGUUCAGAGUUAGAACAGCGUGGGGUCCUCAUCAACACAGCUAGCGUGGCAGCCUUCGACGGUCAGGCCGGACAGGCAGCUUACUCGGCCAGUAAGGGUGCCAUUGUGGGGAUGACCCUCCCCAUCGCUCGUGACCUUGCCUUCUUGAAUAUUAGAGUUUGCACCAUUGCUCCAGGUCUGUUUGAUACCCCACUGUUGGCCUCUCUACCUGAGAAGGUUCGCACGUUUCUGUGCGGCACCAUACCCUUCCCACCACGCCUUGGUGACCCGGAUGAGUACGCCCACAUGUGCCAGGCCAUUGUAGAAAACGAAUACAUGAACGGAGAAGUGAUCCGGCUAGAUGGGGCUCUAAGGAUGAUGCCUUGAUUCCAUAUUGUUGAUUUCAGAUUUGAACAUUGAAAGCUACAGCCAUCUUUCAUAUCUGAUAAUAAAUGAAUACAUGACCAUAAUGAAUUUAAAUUUGGGAAAUAUUUAUGUUACAUUAAUUUACAAAAGCAGACAAUCAAGUGGUCUGUUGAUUUUGUUCAAAUCCAUACAAACAAAAAUUGUUAAAAUAACUAUUUCAUAAAUUAGAAGCUGAAAAGCAUACAAUAUAAUGGGAUUUUUUUUGCCACAUCUUCAUUUUUGCCUUUUUUGCCAUCCGUAAUGAGGGCAACUUUAUCAUGGCAGUGAAAAAAAGUACACAUGUAUAUAGGAAUAGCAUGUAAAUGGCAAAAACAACACUGCAUGUAUUUGCUACAGUAUUUACGGUAAAUAAGGUAUUAGUUUACUCUAAGCUUAUAAAGAUGUCUCUUUACUGUAAACUUAUAUAAAUGUAUGUAUGUAAAGGAAAUUGCGACAUGGUUAAUUAAUGUCAAAUUUAUAAAAUGACACAAAAUAAUGCAAAAUUAUCAAAUUGCUAUCAGAUGUCUACAUGAGCCAUCAUUUGUGUACUACAAGGUCAAGCUUGAGUUAUGAAAAUGGAAGGAAAUUUUUAUGUUGAUUCUUUAAUAAUCUUGCCACACAUUUAGAUCAUGAAUUAUUGUUAUUUCAAAUGUUCUAAUAUUGAUUGUGAUGGCACUGUGUGUUAUAAUAUUUUACUGACCAUACAGUAAUACGAUAGGAUGUUAUAUGGAGUGUGAACUGUGAUGGCGUGUACAACAUGUCCGUGUAAUUUGUACUGGUGUGUAACUGAAUCUGGGGUCUAAUGAUUAUACAUGUCAUGGAUGAUAUGUCUUAACAGGGGGAAAUCUAACGCCAUGCAUUAAGUGCUACUGAGAUGUGAAAACUAUUUAAAGAGUGUGUGUAUAAAUCUGCAAGACAUGGGUAAUAUCACGAGGUUUGGACUGUUUUUAUAAAACCAGAGUAUCAUGUGAGCUAUUUAUUGCUAUCUGCUUUUGUCCAGCAACUGUUUACAUUUUCACAAAUUCUAAAUUCAAAGUUACAAGACCAAAUUUAGCUGAAAUAGAAGUAUACGGUCCUGACAAAUUCUUGUGAUAUUUGGUCAAUCUGAAAUCCAAUAUGGCCACUAUGGCAGAUAGUUUAAAACAAAAAUACAUGUGUUCUGAAUUAAAUCACAACUUCAGCUGAACCAAUUAUUCCAAAAAUAUGGAAAUGAUAAGUGUAUGGCCAUUGAAAAAAUUGGUUAAUGUUUUUUGUUAUAAAAAUGAUCGAAAUUGUCAGAGCAAUUUAGUACUUGUAAAUGCAUGAAACGUAUGUGCAU